AAUCAGAGCUCGCUCCUUAUUAAUCAAAUGCUUUAAUUUUGAUUGAGGUGAACCGUUUGAUCAAAACUCAUUCUCUAAUAAUCACCCUUGAUUAACCUCAAUAACUAAUUUUAUUUUUAGUUAAAAAUAACACUAUGAUUAAGCAAGGGCGCCCACGCGGCAACCAAUGCAAAGUUUAAUAUAUCGAAAGCCGAAUUUGACGGGUUCUCUUUAACCCUAGUGGAUGGUGUUCCUAACGCGUCUCGGCCCUUUCUCUAUAUAAAAUCCCUUGAGCCCUCUGCUUUCAUACGCACAACCACGAGAGAGAGAGAGAGAGAGAGCUUCAGUGAUUCCAAGGAGGCAGAGGUUUCUUCAGCUGCUGUGGAAAGGUUUCUUUCGAGGAGAAGAGAAAAGUUUCUGCAGCAGCUUUCUAGCUACCCACCUUCCUUCAACGUCACUCUAUUUGAAUCGCAAUGGCUCGCUCUUUCUCAAACGCAAAGGUUCUUUCUGCUUUGAUCACCAAGGCAAUCAACAGGCGAGGAUUUUCAGCGGCGGCUGCUGCACCUCAAGGAGUUGUGUCCAGCCUGCCUAAAGGAGGAGCUUCCAUGGUCAAGAAAACAGCGGCGGAGAAUAUUGCUUCCGCCGAGAAGGUCUCGUGGGUUCCAGACCCCCGUACCGGAUUCUACAGACCGGAGAAUGUAGCGGAGGAGAUUGAUGUGGCCGAGCUAAGAGCUUUGCUUUUGAAGAAGCAUUGAACAUAGAAACAAAUAAAAAUUCUAAUUCUUGGUUAUAGAUGUAGCGUCAAGAUUCAAGAAACAAGAAAGGAUGGAUAUGUCAAGAAUCGGCCGCGUAUUUUUUCAAGAUUUUUACUUUAUAUCUUCGUUGUCGCUCCUCUGUCCUCUCUGUCUAGGACAAGAAGAAUUUUUACCUUGUAAUUCUUCUUUCUGAUAGGAACUGAAUGAUUCAUUUCAAUAUAGUGCACCUUUUUAUAUAUAUGCAAAACUACCAAGAUUGUAGUUUACUAUUGGGAAGCAAA